AUGCUGCGAUAUGAAGGCAUCCUCAAGUUCUCCCUAGUUCCGUCGAUAAUCUUCUUCCUUUUGUCGUUGGCUUCUGUAGCUUUGACGACUACGUACUGGAUUUUCGGAGACUGGAUUGUACCGCGGUACAUAAACGUAGUAACCACCGAAUUCGAUGACCGGGCUCAGCGAUAUGUGACGGACAAAACGAUUGUCUACUUUACCAACGAAGAUACCGAUGCGACCAUUGUCUCGGGAUGCCUAAAUUUGACGGCAGGCGUCUUGGCCCUGAUUGCUUGGAGUAGCUUGCGAAAACCGGACAUGGACUCUCAGCUUAACACAAACAGACGUCGCUUCUGGAUUCUGAGCGUUGUUGUCAUGACAGUAGCUGGUUCCAUCAUGGCCCUCGUCUCUCUCAUCCUCCACUACACCAAGCGCGGAAGCGAUCGAUGGGGCUGCACCUCGGAACGAGCCAUGAUGGGCGGUGAACUGAAUACCAAUCUGUACUGCCCCCGAGAAAUGGCAGCUUGCAAUUACCAGCCCCGCUUCCUCAAAGGUACCCAGCGGAUGAACGCAGACAUCACAUGCAACUGCGCCGUCGCUGCCAAAUGGUUGCAAAUCAUCCUCAUAGUUGUCGGACUCAUCACAAUGACCAUGUUCGCCAUGCAGGCCCGCAUACGGAGAACCACUCGAUCGAUGCACUCAAAGGAGCAAUCAAGAACCGAGCAACCAAGACCCGAAAACGCAGAAGUCGGCGUUGCCGUCUAG